AAUUGCAUUUAUGCGCAUAUAGACAAACUGUAUAAAAAAUGUAACCAAUCAUAGCUUAGAUAUAUAAUAGAAUUGAUUUCAAAUGUUUCAAUCUUAUUUCCGCGGUUUUUUUACCGGUAAAAAAUAGUAUAGACAUUGAUAAAGAAAUUUAAAAAUGACGCAGGACAAUGAUACCGAUGAUAUAAUGGAAAUAGAAAUUUUACCAUCUACGAGUGGAUAUAAUACAAAAAAUAAAGAUCAAUCUAACAAAUCUUGUGAUUUACCUUGGAUUGAAAAGUAUCGGCCACAAGUAUUUACAGAUAUCGUUGGCAAUGAAGAUACUAUUGCUCGAUUAUCUGUUUUUGCUCAACAUGGAAAUACACCAAAUAUUAUUAUUAGUGGACCACCUGGCGUUGGAAAGACUACAACGAUUUUAUGUUUGGCACGUUCACUUUUAGGUCCAACAUUUAAAGAUGCAGUAUUAGAAUUAAAUGCAUCUAAUGACAGAGGAAUUGAUGUCGUUAGAAAUAAGAUCAAAAUGUUUGCUCAGAAGAAAGUCAAUUUAGCUAAAGGAAAACAUAAGAUAAUUAUUUUGGAUGAGGCUGAUAGUAUGACUGAUGGAGCACAACAAGCACUUCGUCGUACAAUGGAAAUAUACAGUAGUACAACUAGAUUUGCAUUGGCAUGUAAUAAUAGUGAGAAAAUUAUUGAACCGAUACAAUCACGUUGUGCCAUGUUAAGAUAUGGGAAAUUAAGUGAUGCACAAAUCUUGGCAAAAGUUAUAGAAGUUUGUCAGAAGGAGAAUGUUUCAUAUACGGACGAUGGUUUAGAAUCUAUUGUAUUUACCGCCCAAGGUGAUAUGAGACAAGCAUUAAAUAAUUUACAAUCUACUCACAAUGGAUUUGGUCAUGUAAAUGGUACAAAUGUUUUUAAAGUAUGCGAUGAACCACAUCCACUUUUGGUAAAGGAAAUGCUUGAAUUAUGUACCCAAGGAAAUAUUUGUAAAGCUUUUACGAUAAUGCAACACUUAUGGAAAUUGGGUUAUUCCGCAGAAGAUAUGAUUGGAAAUAUAUUUCGUGUUUGUAAAAAUCUUCCUAUAGAUGAAAAAUUAAAAUUAGAUAUGAUAAAGGAAAUAGGAAUAACGCAUUUAGGUAUUGUGAAUGGUAUUAAUAGUUUGUUACAAUUGAACAGUCUGCUGGCCCGAUUAUGUCAAAAAGCUGUUUCGAAAUAACAAAAAUCUUAAGUUUAAUUGAAUUCAAAUGUAAAAAUAAUAAUAAGUCAAUAUAUGUACGUAUAAUUUUUGAAA